AUGGAAGCAGAGGCUACUGAUGGAUAUAUAACAUCAGGUGACAAUGAGCUUUCGCCCGAAAGGGAGCACUCCAACAUGGCUAUUGACCUCACUUCAAGCACACCCAAUGGGCAGCAUACCUCACCAAGUCACAUGACAAGCACAAAUUCAGUAAAGCUAGAAAUGCAAAGCGAUGAGGAGUCUGACAGGAAACCCCUAAGCCGUGAAGAUGAGAUCAGGGGUCAUGAUGAAGGAAGCAGCCUGGAAGAACCCCUCACUGAGAACAACGAGAUGGCGGACAACAGAAAGAUCCAGGAGCUGUCAGGCGAGGGAGGAAUCCGGCUUCCGAAUGGUAAACUGAAAUGUGACGUCUGUGGCAUGGUUUGCAUUGGGCCCAAUGUGCUUAUGGUACAUAAAAGGAGCCACACUGGUGAGCGCCCCUUCCAUUGUAACCAGUGUGGAGCUUCUUUUACGCAGAAGGGGAACCUGCUGAGGCAUAUCAAGUUACACUCUGGGGAAAAACCGUUCAAAUGUCCCUUCUGCAGCUAUGCCUGCCGGAGAAGGGACGCCCUCACAGGACACCUCAGGACGCACUCUGUUCCACAGGUUGACUGUGCGUUGAGUGAAGAAAUACUUCCUUUUCAAAGAUUGCCUCUGAAUUAUAGCAAAAAAAUUGAAUACACUAAGAAUUGUCUCUUGCCUUCAUUGAUGGGUAAGCCUCACAAGUGUAACUACUGCGGCCGGAGCUACAAGCAGCGCAGUUCGCUGGAGGAACACAAGGAACGCUGCCACAACUAUCUUCAGAAUGUCAGUAUGGAGGCUGCUGGGCAGGUCAUGAGUCACCAUGUACCUCCUAUGGAAGAUGGUAAGGAACAAGAGCCUGGGAUGGACAACAAUAUUUCUCUGGUGCCUUUUGAGAGACCUGCUGUUAUAGAGAAGCUGACAAGCAACAUGGGAAAGCGUAAAAGCUCCACCCCACAGAAGUUUGUGGGUGAAAAGAUCAUGAGAUUUGGCUAUCCAGAUAUUCACUUUGAUAUGAACUUAACCUAUGAGAAAGAGGCUGAGCUGAUGCAGUCUCACAUGAUGGACCAAGCCAUCAACAAUGCAAUCAACUACCUUGGAGCUGACGCACUUCACCCCCUGAUGCACCACACACCAAGCACAAUUGCAGAGGUGGCCCCAGUCAUCAGCUCAGCUUAUGCUCAGGUCUAUCAUCCUAACAGGAUAGAAAGGCCCAUUAGCAGGGAAACAGCUGACAGUCAUGAAAACAACAUAGAUGGCCCUAUCUCCCUCAUCAGACCAAAGAGUCGACCCCAGGAAAGAGAGGCCUCCCCCAGCAAUAGCUGCCUGGAUUCUACUGACUCGGAGAGCAGCCAUGAAGACCGCCAGUCCUACCAAGGAAACCCUGCCUUAAAUCCCAAGAGGAAGCAAAGCCCAGCUUACAUGAAGGAGGACACCAAGGCUUUGGAUGCCACAAAGGCUUCUAAGGGCUCUUUAAAGGAUAUCUAUAAGGUCUUCAAUGGAGAAGGGGAGCAGAUUAGGGCCUUCAAAUGUGAGCACUGUCGAGUUCUUUUCCUAGACCACGUCAUGUACACCAUCCACAUGGGUUGUCAUGGCUACCGGGACCCAUUAGAAUGCAACAUUUGUGGGUAUCGAAGCCAGGACCGCUAUGAGUUCUCGUCGCACAUUGUUCGAGGGGAGCACACAUUCCACUAG